AUGGAAAAGGGUGUUGUCGUGGGGUACAAGGUUGUAUGGACGCUGGUUUCAUGUUGUGUAACUAAGGUUCUCACUUUGAUGAUAUAUUCCUCCGAAACUGGAUUAUGGGAAAUCAAAGAGUUGCAUUGCCUCCGUGUCAUGAUAUGGUCUAGGCUACGUGAAUCCGUUCCUUUGAACGGGAUUCUUCAUUGGCUUGCUUCGGCUGGUAGUGACCAGGACGCAGAUUAUAUUGUAACUUAUGAUUUCUAUAAAGGAGGUGGUGAUGAUGAGGGUCUUAUCAUUAUACCUUUCCUGUACUGUAAUGAAGAUCCUAACGCGUCAUGGAAACUUGCGUGGCAAAUGCCGAAACUUGUGUAUUUGGUCGGGCUCAAUUGUUUCCCUGUGGUGAUGCAUCCUUUGUACUCCAAUAUCAUAUACCUUUGGAGUAGGAACAAGAACGGCUUGGUCGUGUUGAACUUGACGACUAGCAGGUAUAGACUUUACACGGAGGAGUCGGAGGAGAACAACAAGUGUAUCGAUGGUUGCAUCUUGAGACUUAGCGGUUGCAAGGAGUAUGUGGACUCCAUCUAUUUAGCUUAUUCCACUCCCCCAUUAGAAGAAGAAGAACUACAAGGUUACAACAAGUGUACGAAUUUUACUCACAGUCUCUACUUUUCACAGUAUGUGCUUCCAAGCUGGCUAAACCCGCUCCCUGGGCUUUCUUUUUGA